AAACAAGUGUCAGUCACAUAAAUUUGGUUUGAUCCGGUGCCGAAAAAAUUGGGAAUAUUUACAUUUUACAUCUUUAUGAAGCCUUGACGACAAAAAUGGUAGUUCCCAGCCCCUUUGUGUACUGGGCUCAGACCGAAGGAGCCAUAUCUCUUAAAAUAGAUCUGAAGAACGUACAGAAACCCAACGUGAAUGUUGUGGAAAAUAAAUUGAAAUUUUCAGCUCAAGGUAUCGGGGCCCAUGGUGAUACCCAUUAUCAAUUCAGCCUAGACUUAUUUUGUCCAGUAAAAACUAGUGAAACCUCUGAGAAUGUCACCACUGUGAGAGUGUUUGACAAUAGAGUUGACUUGAUACUCCAGAAAGAGAAGCCUUCAUGGUGGCCGCGGCUGACAGCACAACCACAGAAGCCAGCAUGGCUUAAGAUAAAUUUUGAUUUGUGGAAGUCAGAGGAUGGAGGAGACAGUGAUGAAGAUAAAAGAGAUGUAAUGAAAGAUUACCCCGGCAUGUAUGACCAAUUACAAAAAGAAGAGAUGGGAUACAGGAAAGAGGACCUAAAGAAGGUCUACUUAAUCUUAUACAACCUGUUCCAAUUUGUGGGCUACAUGUACAUAAUGACAGUCAUGACUGUAAGAUAUGUAAAACUGGAUUAUGAAUCAGUGCAUGACACCUACGAGCAUGUUGGACCAGCCAUGAAGUUUCUUCAGCUGAUGAUGUAUCUUGAAGUGAUGCAUCCACUGUUUGGUUAUACUAGGGGCAGCGCGCUGGUCCCGUUCCUGCAGGUGAGCGGGCGCUCGUUUGUGCUGUUCGCGAUGAUCGAGGCGGAGCCGCGCAUGCAGGCCAAGCCCGUCGUCUUCUACCUGUUCCUCGUGUGGUCCAUGAUCGAGAUUGUCAGAUAUCCAUACUACAUUUCGCAGCUGUACAAAAAAGAGAUUGGGCUGUUGACCUGGCUGCGAUACACCAUAUGGAUCCCUCUGUACCCUAUCGGCAUCGUCUGCGAAUCCACUGUCAUUCUCCGUAAUAUCCCAUACUUUGAGGAAACCGGAAAGUUCACUACAUCACUACCCAAUGAGUGGAACUUUGCAUUCCAUAUGCCAACGUUUAUGCGCAUUUAUUUACUUUUCCUAACUUUCCCAGGAUUGUAUUUAGUUAUGGGACACAUGUACAAACUUAGGAUUAAAAAACUUAAGCCAAAAGUUGUUAUAAAGAAGUCACAGUAAGUUAAGAUUGUGUUGUAAGUGUAGGGUGUUGGUACUGUAAAUUGUAAUGUCUGAUAAAGGUCCCAAAAACUUUAGUGUUCCAUGUGUGAUAUAUCAUUAUAUAUUAUUAUGUGUUGUAUGUCUGUGGAGUUAAGGUAGAUAAUCUAUGCACCCCUGACUCUAGAAUGAUUAUUGGUUUUUAAUGUAAACUUUUACGCUUAGUUCAUAUAUCAGCGCUGCUGUUGUGUCAACCACAACUUCAUUUCGUUGUAGAGUUAGCCAUAGCAUGGCAGCGCUCCGACAUAAUAACUAUACUUGAAAUUGAAACUGAUAUUGAAGCAAUUCCCAAGACAAAUAAAAAAGAUGCAUAAUAUACAACGUAAACUAGCCCCCAAAAACAUUUCUCUGUCUAUCCAUUCUUUCUUGUGGAAAGAAAAUAAUUGGAAUGUGGUUUGUGAUUUUAAUCAAUUAUAGUUAUAACGGUAGCGAUUAGGUCUCCUUCCAAGACAGUUGUUUGAAAAUGAAUAUUGUGUUACUUAUAACUUUUUAACUAUGAACUUACGUUAUAAAUAUUAUAUUUAAAUUGACCAGUGAAUAAGCAUUUAGUUUCUUUACAAGAAAAGUAUGAAGUUGAAUGGUUGUGUUUUAUCGGAACUUGUUUUUGUAAAAUACAUUAUUAUGAAUUCUUGGGUUUAUACUGAUGGAAAUAAACACUUUUGUUAUAUAAAA